UGAAGGACAUAACUACGUUCUUUUCAAAAGGCAGCAGGAAAGUACCCUUACUUGGGCAACUACAAGCAGGACCUUGCCUCGAAGCCACGCUGCUCAGGAGCCACGUUCGAACCUUCAGUCGGCAUUCACGUUAGCAGAGGAAAGCGAAGGCAGAGAGAGUCAACCGAUAACGAUCAACUGGACGUUGACAUCACUGCGCAAUAUGGAGGCAUAAAGAAAAGCCGCACCGAAGAAAAGCUGGGGUUGUUUGAAGCUAUGGAUAAAAGUUCCAAGGUUACUUUCUCUGGGUACCAAGCGAACACUGCAUCGUUGAACCCCUUUGGGAAUUCAGCGAUGCAGAAACCACGGCAACAAGCAAGCCAAACCAGGAAGAAAAUCAAGAUCAUAUCUCGUCACGACCUGUGUGACGACUCAGCCGACAGCACCCCCACGGAGAAUGGUGGGAUGACAGAAGCCACGAAGCCAACACCGGAGGGGACAGCACACGGCAGUGGCGAGGCAAAGCUGCUGCUGCUGCCAUCUGCUGGCAACGUAGGGAAGCCGACGCCCGUCACGCGCGAGGCUGCCGAGAAGAAGAGGCUGAAAAAGGGCACCGUACUCGAUUUCUUUACAUCGGUUGCAAAGUGCAUCGGGCAGGAAAACUUCAGCAAGUUUAAAAUAGCAUUGCAUCAGUACACUCUCAUCAAAGAUCUGCAGGUGUUCCUCGACACUCUCUUCGGACUCUUUCCUCCAGAUCACCUCGAGUUGUACGUAGGUGUCUGCAAUUUUCUUGAGGCCGACCGAAGAGAGACGAUGGCAGAAAUGUUGUAUGAUCAGGUCUAUUGCCACCGCAUUCACAAGCUGACACCAGAUGGCAUCGUUGCCGCCGCCGCCGCCGACGACGACGACGACGCGUCCACCCUUCACCGCUGGAUCCUCCACGUCGUGAGGCAAGCACGCGCGACGCAACUGCCGCCGCCGCCGGGAGGGCUCGACUACCGGCUAUGCGCGAGGGAGGUAUUCGUGAAGUUCCUGCUACGGAAGCUGACCGGGGCUGAGGAGGAGGAGGCAGGCAGACAGAAACAGGAAGCCAGCACACCUGCAAUCAGUGACACACCUGCAAUCAGUGACACACCUGCAAUCAGCGACACACCUGCAAUCAGCGAUAACCAAGCCUCCGGUCACGCGACCGCCCCCUCCGCCGCAAUCAUGACGCAAACGCCAACGACGUCCGAAGACGCCACCGGCGGCGCCACCGGGCGAAACGACGACGGCGCCGCGAUUUCCGAGGUGCGGUCGGACGCCGACGGACAAGUGAGCAGUCAACAGCUGGAUGCGUCGGCGGAUGUCCUGAGCGGGUCGGCGGAUGUAUGUGGCGCGCCUUGCAGAUUGUGCGGGGCGACGGGAGAGGACGUGCAGUGUCCGGUGGUAGCAAAGCCCUGCGGUCACGUAGCCUGCAAGGCUUGCUGGCGGAAAUACCUCUACAAGUCCCGUAAAUGCCCUGCGUGUAAGGCGCAGCUCGGGAAAAAGUCUUUCAAGAAACUCUACUGAGCUUUCGUGACCGUCCACAGAUUUCCUGCGAUGUCCGUAUAAUGUACAUACCUUUUUUUUAACUUGCUCUGCAACACGCUCGAGGGCUCGGCUCAACCGUUGGUUGUUACUACAAAUUGUGUAUAUUUCGAUUUUCUUGCACAGUUUUCGUGCAGGCAGAGCUAGUUUCUUGUAAAUCGAGAAUGCGUGAGCAUACAAUUUACUCCGAGCGCGAAAAAAUUAUAUCGCAAUGAUAUAUCGACUUAUAUUCGUGAAUACGUGUGAUUAGGUAUAAUAUAUUUGUGAUACAACUCUA